CAGAGGGGAAAAAAGGAAGAAAAACAAGAAACUUGGGGGAAAAGAAAGAGAGGGGGGAAGAAACUGAAAUUGAAAACAGACACACGCGUCCACCUUCCCCGCCCCCUCGCCCCCCUUCUCCCGGCUGAGCCAAUCAGAGGCGGCCCUGCAGCCUUUCCCCCAAAGGGGGGGGGCAGGGAAGCCCACAGUGGUGUGAGCUCGUGGGGCUGCCAGCGCCCGCAGUCCCUGCCCAUCCCGUCUGGGACCCAGGAUCCCUCUGGGAACAAGUUGGAGGCAGAGAGGAGGAGGACAGCAAGGAGAGAACCGGCCCCUCUGACCAGCGGCGCCGGGCAGCAGCCUGUGCCCGGCACCACAGCCGGCCAGACCCAGGGCGGCCCCUCCUGGCAGCCCGGCUCCUCCAGAAGGAUGCUUUGGGAGUGAGGCCACUCCUCACCCCUGCAGUCCCCCACUCCCUCCAUUCUCCCGAGGCUCCUGGAGACGGCAGCUGUCCUCCCUGCCCUUCUGCCCAGCCGCUGCCCCAUUUGGGGUCCAGCAAAGUCUUCUUGUUAAUGAGAGGUCAGUGAGGAGGACUUCCUGGAGGGGGUGAGAGCCCAGAGCUCAGGACUGUGCCCACACCCUAAGGCACCAGCAUCAAGGUGCUUUUCAUCAUCAUCGCGACCCCUCACAGCAAUGGAAAAGGAAGUCUCUUGUGUCGUUUUCCCGGCAACUGGGACUUGGGAAGUUAAAGUCAGAGAGCUCACACAGUGACGAGGACACCAUGCAGCCUCCGAGCACCAUGCCGGCUCCUGUCCUCAAAGGCCAGGUGCUGUUGCUGCCCCUCCUGUUGCUGCUGGGCCCACAGGCCUCCUGGGGCCUGGUCAUCACACCCCCAGGGCCAGAGCUUGUCCUCAAUGUCUCCAGCAACUUCGUUCUGACUUGCUCGGGGCCCGCUCCAGUGGUGUGGGAACGGAUGUCCCAGGAGCCCCUGCAGAAAAUGACCAAGACCCAGGAUGGCACCUUCUCCAGCACACUGACACUGACCAAUGUCACUGGGAUAGACACAGGAGAAUACUUUUGCACCUACCAAGGCUCCCAUGGGCUGGAGCCUGGUGAACGAAAACGGCUCUAUAUCUUUGUGCCAGAUCCCAUGAUGGGUUUUCUUCCGGUCGACCCCGAGGAACUAUUCAUCUUCCUCACGGAAAUAACUGAGAUCACAAUUCCGUGCCGAGUGACAGAUCCGAGACUGGUGGUGACACUGCAUGAGAAAAAAGUGGAUAUUCCACUGCCCAUCCCCUAUGACCACCAACGUGGCUUCUCUGGUACCUUCGAGGACAAGACCUAUGUCUGCAAAACCACCAUCGGGGACAAGGAAGUGGAUUCUGAAGCCUACUAUGUCUACAGCCUCCAGGUGUCAUCCAUCAAUGUCUCAGUGAAUGCAGUGCAGACUGUGGUCCGUCAGGGUGAGAACAUCACCAUCAUGUGCAUCGUGACCGGAAAUGAGGUGGUCAACUUUGAAUGGACAUACCCACGCAUGGAGAGUGGGCGGCUGGUGGAGCCAGUGACUGACUUCCUCUUCAAUAUGCCCUCCCACAUACGCUCCAUCCUGCACAUCCCUAGUGCUGAGCUUGGCGAUUCAGGGACCUACAUCUGCAAUGUAUCGGAGAGUGUGAAUGAGCAUCAAGAUGAAAAGUCCAUCAAUGUCACUGUGGUCGAGAAUGGCUACGUGCGGCUGCUGGGAGAGCUGGACCCCGUACAAUUCGCGGAGCUGCACCGCAGCCGGACUCUGCAGGUCGUGUUCGAGGCCUACCCGCCGCCUACUGUCAUGUGGUUCAAGGACAACCGUACGCUAGGCGACUCCAACGCAGGCGAGAUCUCCCUGUCCACACGCAAUGUGUCUGAGACCCGGUACGUGUCAGAACUGACGCUGGUGCGGGUGAAGGUGGCUGAGGCUGGCUGCUACACCAUGCGGGCCUUCCAUGAGGACGCGGAGGCCCAGCUGUCCUUCCAGCUGCAGGUCAACGUGCCUGUCCGUGUGCUGGAGCUGAGUGAAAGCCACCCUGCCAGUGGGGAGCAGACGGUCCGCUGUCGCGGCCGGGGCAUGCCCCAGCCACACCUCACCUGGUCUACCUGCAGCGACCUCAAAAGGUGUCCGCGCGAGCUGCCGCCCACGCCGCUGGGGAACAGUUCGGAGGAGGAGAGCCAGCUGGAGACUAACGUGACAUACUGGCCCGAGGAUCAGGAGUUCGAGGUGGUGAGCACACUGCGCCUGCGCCGUGUGGAUCAGCCGCUGUCAGUGCGCUGCACUCUACACAACCUGCUGGGACGCGACAUGCAGGAGGUCACCGUGGUGCCGCACUCUCUGCCCUUCAAGGUGGUGGUGAUCUCGGCCAUCCUGGCCUUGGUGGUCCUCACAGUCAUCUCCCUCAUCAUCCUCAUCAUGCUCUGGCAGAAGAAGCCACGUUAUGAGAUCCGAUGGAAGGUGAUUGAAUCCGUGAGCUCCGAUGGCCAUGAGUACAUCUACGUGGACCCUAUGCAAUUGCCCUACGACUCCACGUGGGAGCUGCCACGGGACCAGCUUGUGCUUGGACGCACCCUCGGCUCUGGGGCCUUUGGGCAGGUGGUGGAGGCCACAGCUCACGGCCUGAGCCAUUCGCAGGCCACGAUGAAAGUGGCGGUCAAGAUGCUGAAAUCCACAGCCCGCAGCAGCGAGAAGCAAGCCCUCAUGUCAGAGCUGAAGAUCAUGAGUCACCUCGGGCCCCAUCUGAACGUGGUCAACUUGCUGGGGGCCUGCACGAAAGGAGGACCCAUCUACAUCAUCACCGAGUACUGCCAGUACGGGGACCUGGUGGACUACCUGCACCGCAACAAGCAUACCUUCCUGCAGCGUGGCUCCGACAAGCGCCACCCGCCCGGCGCCGAGCUCUACAGCAACGCCCUGCCCAGCGGGCUCCCGCUGCCCAGCCACGUGUCUCUGCCCGGGGAGAGCGACGGUGGCUACAUGGACAUGAGCAAGGAUGAGUCGGUGGACUACGUGCCCAUGCUGGACAUGAAAGGAGGCGUCAAAUAUGCAGACAUCGAGUCCUCCAGCUACAUGGCCCCUUAUGACAACUAUGUUCCCACCGCUCCCGAGAGGACCUGUCGGGUAACUCUGAUCAACGAGUCCCCAGUGCUUAGCUACACAGAUCUCGUGGGCUUCAGCUACCAGGUGGCCAAUGGCAUGGAGUUCCUGGCCUCCAAGAACUGUGUCCACCGAGAUCUGGCAGCCAGAAAUGUGCUCAUCUGUGAGGGCAAGCUGGUCAAGAUUUGUGACUUCGGCCUGGCUCGUGACAUCAUGCGAGACUCAAACUAUAUCUCCAAAGGCAGCACCUUCCUGCCUCUGAAGUGGAUGGCUCCUGAGAGCAUCUUCAACAGCCUCUAUACCACCCUGAGCGACGUGUGGUCCUUCGGGAUCCUACUCUGGGAGAUCUUCACCCUGGGUGGCACCCCUUACCCAGAGCUACCCAUGAAUGAGCAGUUCUAUAAUGCCAUCAAGCGGGGAUACCGCAUGGCCCAGCCUGCCCACGCCUCCGAUGAGAUUUAUGAGAUCAUGCAGAAGUGCUGGGAAGAGAAGUUUGAGAUCCGGCCUCCUUUCUCCCAGCUGGUGCUGCUUCUCGAGAGGCUGCUGGGCGAGGGGUACAAAAAGAAGUACCAGCAGGUGGAUGAGGAGUUUCUGAGGAGCGACCACCCAGCCGUCCUUCGGUCCCAAGCCCGCUUGCCUGGCUUCCAUGGCCUCCGAUCCCCCCUGGACACCAGCUCUGUGCUCUACACGGCUGUGCAGCCCAACGAGGGUGACAACGACUAUAUCAUCCCCCUGCCUGACCCCAAACCUGAAGUUGCUGAUGAGGGCCCACUGGAGAGUUCUCCCAGCCUUGCCAGCUCCACCCUGAACGAAGCGAACACGUCCUCUACCAUCUCCUGUGACAGCCCCCUGGAGCCCCAAGAGGAGCCCGAACCCCAGGUGGAGCCGGAGCUGGAGCCACCACUGGACUCGAGCUGCCCUGGGCAUCGGGCUGAGGCAGAAGACAGCUUCCUGUAGGGGGCUGGCCCCACCCUGCCCCACCUGAAGCUCCCCCUCUACCUCCCAGCACCUAGCGCCUCCUGGCCUGGCCUGGCCUCCCAUCAGCCGCCACUUUCUAGAAAGCUUUUGUCCCUGGCAUGUGGCACCCCAGCCGCUGGGGCUGCCUUAGGGCUGCUGCAGGGGUCACGACCAGCCCUCUGCCUCUGGGGAGGCCCUGUGAUGGGAGCCAGGGUUCUCCCGGGACACUUAGUUUCUCCAUCUGUAGGAUGGGAGCGCAGGGCCCGGUGACGCAGAAUCUGGGCUUCUGUCUCCCCGGCUGACAGGUGGGGAGGUCGGAAUCCCUAGAGAGAUUCUCGGGGUUCAGGAGGUAUGAAUUAAUGUUCUUCUGUUCAGCCAGCUACUCCUCAAGAAGCUGUAGCUUUCUCCUCGCACUUUCAUCCACCUAAGAGCUGGGGAAGGGACCCUGGCAUCCCUGGCUCCUGGCUGAGCAGGGGCCUGGCCUCGGACAGUGAUGUUCAUCCAGAAGCCACCUCUCCUUGAUGCCAGUCUCCACUUUCCCAGGCCCGAGCUGGUCUGGGGCCAUCCACGCUUCAUGCUGGGGGCUGAGCCAAGUCCAGGACACUCUGGCCCACAGCCCCUGUCCCAGGCACUUGGGACACACCUCCCCAUACAAGUGCCCGUGUCCAUGUCUGCCUGGCCCCAUAAGUGCUGGGGUCUUCUUCCUUAUCACCGCCGGUCUUACUCCACCCACCAGAGUCUCCAGGGCCAGGCGGGCCCCACAUCUGUGAUGAGCGUGUGGAUGUGCCUGCGAGAAAUGUCCACGUGUGUGGAUCAAGAUGCACUUUGGACCUGAUAUGGGACCUUGGAGGAAUUCCGCACCGUCUCCAGGCCUGUUUGCCCUGUUGAAAAAUGAGCAAGAUGGACUCGCUGACUUCUGGUGCCCUGUCGGCACUAACGUUCUCGAACAUUGCAGGGGGUGGCACACUUGCCCAGAUGAAGCAAAGCCAAACACUCCAAACCUCCGUCCUAGGGGUCAGCUGGGGUCUGGGGAGAUUCCGGACCAUGCAUCACACUCUGGGCAUUCAGAACUAUGCCCCUUCCCCAGACCCCCAAGCAAGUCCCAGAAGGCCAGCUGCACAGAUCUUGACUCGGAGUGACAGCCAGUGUCUUGGAAAGCCCCCAGCAGCUGCCCCAUGGGAAGACCACGGGGCCCUCUCAGACCCACCAAUGACCUCUGGAGCCAUCCUGAGCAAAGGAGGCAGAGGGGGCAGAUCAGACACCCUUGUGCAGUCUGCUCUCUAGCACCUGCUGUCCAAGUCUGUGCCACAGACAUCAUGGACAGUGAGGGCUCCUGGGGGCCCCCAGAAAGUACAAGAAGCCUUUGUAGGGAACCUGAGAGGGGUGCAAGAGGUGGGUACUUUGGGGGUUGCCUUCUCACCCAGUAGCUGCCUGGUCCCUGAGGGCAUCACUGCCCAGGCCCGCUUGCUGCACUCUCUCUGCCAACCACACCCCGGCUAGGUGAGCAGCGGGGGUGCCAGGGGAGCGAGGGCCAUGGCCAAGACUCCUGGCAGGAGGAGAGCCGGAAGUGGGCACGAGCCCCCUCUGCCGGGCCAGGAGAGGGAGGAGGUUCUCACUACGGUACCAAAGAUGUAAUCACCUAGGUUUACAAGUAUUUUUAGGACUCACAUUAACUCACAUUUAUACAGCAGAAGUGCUAUUUUAUAUGCCAUCAAAUUUUCCUAUCUGUGUACUUUUUUUUUUUUUAAGAGAAAGAUUUUAAUAUUAAACCUGGUGCUUCUCACUCA